AGAUCGCAUUGCGCGCAGUCCGUGAGAUGUCGCUGCCUGACGCAUGCGCAGAUCUGCUGCUAGCUGAAAUGGAUAACGACAGGCAUAGAGAGACAGAAGACUGGGAGUCUGCCAACGAGGGCGGCAGCGAGCGGGGCAGACAGCGGGACGUCGAACCUGACACCGAGCGGUGGCCUGACGACCAACCCAACCUCGACUGCUGCAGGCCGCUGGGAGCGAGCGGGGCGCGCUGCGCGUCGGCCGGCAGUCUGCGCGCGCAGCCUGCGCUGCAUCUACCGCUCGACAACUCGCGGCCGGGGACGUGCAGGCGGGAGGGCGCUUCAAGAUCCGCUGAUACUGCGCAGCAUCGACAAUCUCUAUCGUCGUGCUCCAGUCGCACGUCGGGGUGCGCGAGCGGGGGCGCGGGGGGCGCGGGCGCGGGGGCGGCGGGGGCGCGGCUGUCGGCCAUGGUGCCGGACGUGGCGAUGGCGCCCAACGCCAACACGCACCUGCUUACUGCCAGGGACUACUUCCGACACGCACCGCCUUGGGAGUACAGCGGCGGCGGAGUGUUACAGCUGGACCUGGGAGACGGAGCCACGCAUACUCCUAGACCUGGAUCCCGCGCAGCGCGCGCAGGGGCUGCGCAUGCGCGACACUCUCGGGAACAUGCGCCGGGUAUGUCAUGUCUCCGCAGUCGCGCGGACGAGGACGAGCUGCGCGCUGCCAUCGAACUAUCUGUCAUUAGGGCAUACUCGUCGUCCCGCGCACCAGCGGGGGCGGCCCCCCUCCUGCUAGGGGGCUCGCACUCCCAGCAACACCCCCAACAGCAACAGCAACACCCUCAGCAUCCCCCCCAGCAUCCCUCGUUGAUGCCCCCUACCCACAGACAGCGUUCCCCCGCGACACUCCCCCACACGAGAGGGGAGCGGGGGGGACGAGCACAACUAGCGCCUACACACCAUAACCUGAGCAGACUGGGCAGCGUGGCGGCGGACGCCCCCGGCUCCCGUAGCCCCAGCCCCGGGGGCCCGGCGGGGGGCGGGCCGGCGGGGGGCGGCCCGCUCGGGGGCGCGGCGCACGGGGCGGCCGGCGGGCCGGCGUCCCCGCGGCCGCACGACGUGUACCGGCACGCCACGCACACACACUACAGACUGGAGCCAUCGUACUCGGGUUCGAGUUCCGGCAGUCGACACACGUAUGCGUGA